AACUACCCGGACGACAAAGAGGUGCGGACAUGUGUAAAUAUCCACUGCACUGAAACAUGUUAGUAAAUAAUGUUUUCUAACGUCUCGCUGGUUUAACGCUGAAGACAUGAAGACGUGAAGACGUGAAGACAUGAAGACAUGAAGACAUGAAGACAGGAUGUGGAGUCAUUAAUGAUGUCUGAAGCAGCUUUAGAGGAAGUUUCUGUUUUAUCCUCCAUCUACUGCAGAGAAGGAGAGUUCAGACUCCUCCAGUCUGCUCAGGAUGGGCUCACGGUCCAGAUCAACAGCACCGUUGGAGGAGGAGAAAGAGGGCUGGACGUGAGACUGCUGUUCCAUUUGCACCCCCGCUACCCUUCCUGUCCCCCCGCCAUCUCCGUCUCCUCCACCAGCCUCUCUAGGACUCAGUGUCACGACAUCAGACAGAAGCUGCAGGAUCAAGCUGCAGCUCUACCACCGGAACCGAUGGUGCAUCAGCUAGUGGAGUGGUUGCAGCAGUGUGUGGAGGUGACAGAGAGCUGCAGAGGUGGCGAGGAUGAGGAGGGGAAAGACAGAGAAACAGAGGAGGAGUGGACGGCGGUGCUGUCGUUGGAUCAUAUCCGAUCUCGAAGUCGUUACGUCGGUCUGCUGGAGCGCUGGACCCAGCAGCUGCAGCUCACUGGGAGGUUAUUACUGGGACGAACUAUACUGGUUAUUCUGCAGGGAGCCAGACCCAACAUCAAGGAGUUUUGCCGCCUUUUGAAGACGGUGAAGGUGGAUGUGGAUUCUUCAGGCAAGAAAUGCAAAGAGAGGAUGAUGAAGGUUCUCAUCGAAAGCCCUUCGUCUUCCUCCUGUGGACACGGUCUCCAGGGGUUUGGAGUGAAGAACUACGAGUCGUUGCCAGAGCUGACCGCGGCCUUCCAGGAAAUCAACAUGACUGAGCUUUACCAGCAGAUCCUGCCGUCAUUAAGGGACUGACAGCACGCUGGUUACAUCCUGACAUCCUUUUUUAAAGCCUGAAAACAGAGCCAUGAGGAUGUGCAGAAGUCUAGUUUUCUCUCAGAACACUUGAAUUACAAUAGGCUGAAAGGUUAUUGUGGAUUUUUUUUGCCCAAUGAUGCCAAAAGAUUCUGCCUACUGAAGCUUUAAAUGUGUUAAAUAUAAAUGCCAGAAUGGUUUAAAUAAUAAAACAUGCUGUGCAGAGAUGUGCCUGCAGAGGGCGGUGUUGUUCCUUGAAGGGUUUGACUCAUAGUACAGAUCUAAAUGUUCUCAGCUGUCUCUCUCUCUCCAAAAUAACCAAUGUUAGCUAUUACAUGUAAAUAUAACAAUCAGAAAGCCAAGUUAUUUACACAAAUUCAGCAUAACGUUUUCAUGACUUUUUUAGUGCUUCGGGGCACACAAGUCUUUAAGAGUGACACUACUAUUUCUCCUUGGAUUAAUUACAUCCUUAAACAGUUCAGUCUGUUUUUAAGAAUAUCAGUUUCUUGCUAAAACUGAAUAUUUACAAAUGUGGAUUAGAUAUUGUAAUUGUACAUUCAGGCUCACAGGGAAAUUUUGGAGAUAUCUUGGAACAUGUUUACAGCUCAGACAUAGUAAAAAUACCAGCAAUUAACUGACAGGCUCUUUAAUCUGAUGUUAAUGGAAUCAGUUGCCUACAUCGAAUGGACCCAGGCACAUGUGUUUAUUAUGAAACUAAUUUGUGUCCUCACUUGCCUGCCUUCAGUUGACACUAACCAGACAGGAGGGUCUGAUAUAAAACAGAACAAGGAGAGUAUCUUCAUCACUACCAGGAACAUCAUCAUCAGCACACAGACAGCUCUGGGUCUCAGAUGAGCCAGUUUUAAGUUGGACACCAAGAGGACAUGAAAACAACACAUUCCUGUUGCUUCGUCUCCAGAAUUUGAACAUCAGGUCGUUCACCAGUUUACAGCUGUUGUGUGGUGUCAGAACAUGUGGCUCUCUGAAGGCUGUAAUAUGUGACUGACUGCUACAGCUCCAUCCUCAUCCUCAAGAACUGACUUUAUGAAGCAGAGUGAAGCACUGACGGAAUGAAAAACACUCUGUGUUACCCUUAUAGCAUAAUUCAACUUGUUAUUUUUCACUUAUGAUUUUAUGAUUUUUUCAUCUGUUCAAAAUGUACCUUAAAGGGAGAUUUGUCA